GCGAACCAGGGAGGAGCGAGCUCGCACAGGCAGCCAGAGUUGUAAACGUGUGUUUUGCUGAAACGCCGUCGCUGCUGCUUUUAUGAGAUGAAUAAUUAAUAUCGCAAAGCUUAUUGUUCAGAGUGGCAAUUUUCGGGUCCUUCUGGACGGGCAUCUAGAGCUGUUGGAAACGCAAACAUCUCAUCUAGCAAUUUCUCCGGCAGCGCGUUGUGCCUUUUAUUGUUCGAAUCCGCCUGGGAGUGGCUUUAAGAUCCAGUAACCUGAUCUUUUAUCACUCUUGGAGGCUUCCUUUUCUGGUGCGCCCUGAUGCAUUCAACACAUGUCGGCAUUGUAGGCGAGCGGCAGCCGGAGCGGUCGGGGCUGGCUCUCCGUGCCGGCGAGGGCAGGAGAAUCACCCUGCGCUGAGGCAGAGGGAGGGAGCCCCGCUGGAGCCGAGCGCUGCCCGCCUCACCAGCGCCCUUCCAGAGCCAGGGGAAACCCGGGCGAGAUCUUCCCUCGGGGCUAAGGACUGCCUGAGGACGGCAGAGGAGAGCGCCUUCGCUUUCGGACUGAUGUGAGAGCAGCCGUGCCUCGCAGAGCGAUUCCCGGCGGAGCAGGGGCUUGCCUGCCUUUCGAGCGGCUAUUCCGUGCCUGCUCGCUCUGAGAGGCGUCAGCAGAUGGACUUUGGCUUCGGCGCCGCCAAUACUUGAGUGGCUUUGCAUGUUGGAAUACAAGCAGUGAUCUCUUUUAUUCCCCCUUUCCCCCCCUGUACAUUCACCUGCUGAAAAAAUGAGUGAGGAAGCAAAGGAGAAAAAUACUAAGCCAGCUCACAGGAAAAAGAAAGGAAAAAAGUCUGACACAAAUGCAAGUUACCUGAGAGCAGCUCGAGCUGGCAACUUGGAAAAGGCUCUUGACUACCUAAAAAAUGGAGUGGACAUCAACAUCUCAAAUCAGAAUGGGUUGAACGCUCUCCAUCUUGCCUCCAAAGAAGGGCACGUAGAGGUUGUCUCUGAGCUGAUCCAGCGAGGUGCCAGUGUGGAUGCAGCCACAAAGAAAGGAAACACAGCACUGCACAUAGCAUCCCUCGCCGGACAAGCAGAAGUUGUCAAAGUGCUGGUUACAAAUCGGGCCAAUGUCAACGCACAGUCUCAGAAUGGCUUCACUCCAUUGUACAUGGCAGCCCAAGAAAACCACUUGGAGGUUGUUAAGUUUCUUCUUGACAAUGGUGCCAGUCAAAGCCUUGCCACAGAGGAUGGUUUCACGCCUCUGGCAGUAGCUUUGCAGCAAGGCCAUGACCAGGUGGUUUCCCUGCUGCUGGAGAAUGACACCAAGGGGAAGGUCCGCCUGCCCGCCCUGCACAUCGCGGCGCGCAAGGACGACACCAAGGCGGCGGCUCUGCUCCUGCAGAACGACCACAACGCCGACGUGGAGUCAAAGAGUGGGUUCACUCCCCUGCACAUAGCUGCUCACUAUGGGAAUAUCAAUGUAGCCACGUUGCUGUUGAAUCGGGGUGCUGCCGUGGACUUCACUGCACGGAAUGAUAUCACACCGUUGCACGUUGCAUCAAAAAGGGGAAAUGCAAAUAUGGUCAAACUCCUACUGGAUCGAGGAGCUAAAAUUGAUGCCAAAACAAGGGAUGGGCUGACCCCCCUCCACUGUGGAGCAAGAAGUGGCCAUGAGCAGGUUGUAGAAAUGCUGCUGGAUCGUGGUGCCCCGAUUCUUUCCAAAACCAAGAAUGGUUUGUCUCCAUUGCACAUGGCAACACAAGGGGAUCAUCUAAACUGUGUUCAGCUCCUGAUCCAGCACAACGUGCCUGUGGACGAUGUCACCAAUGACUACCUGACUGCGCUGCAUGUCGCUGCCCACUGCGGCCACUACAAAGUCGCCAAGGUUCUCUUGGACAAGAAAGCCAAUCCUAAUGCCAAAGCACUGAAUGGUUUCACACCUCUUCACAUUGCCUGCAAGAAAAACAGAAUAAAAGUAAUGGAACUUCUUCUAAAGCACGGUGCAUCAAUUCAAGCUGUAACUGAGUCGGGCCUAACUCCAAUCCAUGUUGCUGCCUUCAUGGGACAUGUAAAUAUUGUAUCACAGCUAAUGCAUCAUGGAGCAUCCCCCAACACUACCAAUGUGAGAGGAGAGACAGCGCUGCACAUGGCAGCCAGGGCUGGUCAGACCGAGGUCGUCAGGUACCUGGUACAGAACGGAGCCCAGGUGGAGGCCAAAGCCAAGGAUGACCAAACCCCGCUGCACAUCUCUGCCCGCCUGGGCAAGGCAGACAUUGUGCAGCAGCUGCUGCAGCAGGGAGCAUCCCCCAACGCAGCCACCACGUCAGGCUACACCCCCCUGCACCUCUCUGCAAGGGAAGGGCACGAAGAUGUGGCUUCUGUUCUUCUGGACCAUGGGGCAUCUCUGUCUAUCAUCACCAAGAAAGGAUUCACUCCACUUCAUGUGGCUGCAAAGUACGGGAAAAUCGAGGUAGCCAACCUCCUGCUUCAGAAGAAUGCAUCUCCUGAUGCUUCUGGAAAGAGCGGUUUAACACCACUGCAUGUAGCUGCACACUACGAUAAUCAAAAGGUGGCACUCCUCCUGUUGGACCAGGGAGCUUCACCUCACGCCUCUGCCAAGAACGGUUACACCCCCCUGCACAUAGCUGCCAAGAAGAACCAGAUGGACAUAGCCACCACGCUGCUGGAGUACGGCGCCGACGCCAACGCCGUCACGCGGCAGGGCAUCGCCCCGCUGCACCUCGCCUCGCAGGACGGGCACGUGGACAUGGUGUCCCUGCUGCUCGCCAGGAGCGCCAACGUCAGCCUCAGCAACAAGAGCGGACUGACGCCCCUCCACCUGGCUGCCCAAGAGGACAGGGUCAAUGUAGCAGAGGUGCUGGUUAACCAGGGAGCUGCUGUCGAUGCACAGACAAAGAUGGGAUACACUCCUUUGCACGUUGGCUGCCACUACGGAAACAUAAAAAUCGUCAACUUCCUCCUGCAGCAUUCUGCAAAAGUCAACGCCAAAACGAAGAACGGGUACACGCCGCUGCACCAGGCGGCGCAGCAGGGGCACACGCACAUCAUCAACGUCCUGCUCCAGCACGGCGCCGCGCCCAACGAGCUCACUGUGAAUGGAAACACUGCCCUGGCCAUUGCUAAGCGACUUGGCUACAUUUCAGUUGUUGACACGCUGAAGGUGGUGACAGAGGAGACCAUGACUACAAUUACUGUUACAGAAAAGCACAAAAUGAAUGUACCAGAAACCAUGAAUGAAGUUCUUGAUAUGUCUGAUGAUGAAGGUGAGGAUGCAAUGACAGGCGACACAGACAAGUACCUCGGACCCCAGGAUCUGAAAGAGCUGGGAGAUGAUUCCCUGCCUGCUGAAGGAUACAUGGGCUUCAGCCUGGGAGCGCGCUCCGCCAGCCUCCGCUCCUUCAGUUCGGAUAGGUCCUACACGCUCAACAGGAGCUCCUAUGCCCGGGACAGCAUGAUGAUUGAGGAGCUGCUGGUGCCAGCCAAGGACCAGCACCUGACGUUUCAAAGGGAGUUUGAUUCUGAUUCUCUCAGGCACUACAGCUGGGCUGCAGACACCUUGGACAAUGUUAACCUUGUUUCCAGUCCCAUCCACUCUGGUUUCCUGGUGAGUUUCAUGGUGGAUGCCCGCGGGGGCUCCAUGAGGGGCAGCCGGCACCAUGGCAUGCGGAUCAUCAUCCCGCCGCGCAAGUGCACGGCGCCCACGCGCAUCACCUGCCGCCUGGUCAAGAGGCACAAGCUGGCCAGCCCGCCGCCCAUGGUCGAAGGAGAAGGAUUGGCAAGUCGGCUUGUAGAGAUGGGGCCAGCAGGGGCACAGUUCUUAGGUAAACUGCAUCUUCCUAAAAGUCCUCCCCCUCUAAAUGAGGGUGAGAGCAUGGUUAGCCGAAUCCUGCAGCUUGGUCCACAAGGAACAAAAUUUAUUGGCCCUGUGAUAGUGGAAAUCCCACAUUUUGGAUCAAUGCGAGGCAAGGAGCGAGAGCUGAUCGUCCUCCGGAGCGAGAACGGUGAAACGUGGAAGGAGCACCAGUAUGACAGCAAACAUGAAGACUUAACUGAAAUACUUAAUGGCAUGGAUGAAGAGCUGGACAGCGCGGAGGAGCUGGAGAAGAAGCGGAUCUGCCGGAUCGUCACCAAGGACUUCCCGCAGUACUUCGCCGUGGUUUCCCGCAUCAAGCAGGAGAGCAACCAGAUCGGGCCCGAGGGCGGCGUGCUGAGCAGCACCACAGUGCCUCGGGUGCAGGCCGCCUUCCCCGAGGGGGCUCUCACCAAGAGGAUCCGCGUGGGGCUCCAGGCUCAACCAGUUCCAGAAGAGAUUGUCAAAAAAAUCCUUGGAAACAAAGCAACAUUCAGUCCCAUUGUCACUGUGGAGCCAAGAAGAAGGAAGUUCCAUAAGCCAAUAACCAUGACAAUUCCUGUGCCACCUCCAUCAGGAGAAGGAGUGACCAACGGGUACAAAGGAGACACGACUCCCAGCCUUCGACUCCUAUGUAGCAUUACAGGAGGCACGUCGCCGGCGCAGUGGGAGGACAUCACGGGCACCACGCCGCUGACGUUCUCCAACGACUGCGUCUCCUUCACCACCAACGUUUCUGCCAGAUUUUGGCUCGCAGACUGCCACCAAGUACUAGAGACUGUUGGGCUGGCAACACAGCUUUACAGAGAAUUAAUAUGUGUUCCUUACAUGGCAAAGUUUGUGAUAUUUGCCAAAAUGAAUGACCCCGUGGAAUCCAAUUUGCGCUGCUUCUGCAUGACUGACGACAAAGUGGACAAAACCCUGGAGCAACAAGAGAACUUUGAGGAAGUUGCCAGGAGCAAAGACAUUGAGGUUCUUGAAGGAAAACCUAUUUAUGUUGAUUGCUAUGGAAAUCUGGCCCCUUUGACUAAAGGAGGACAGCAGCUUGUUUUUAAUUUUUAUGCUUUCAAAGAAAAUAGACUGCCAUUCUCUAUCAAGGUAAGAGACACCAGCCAGGAGCCCUGUGGUCGAUUAUCAUUUUUGAAAGAACCAAAGACUACAAAAGGACUGCCACAAACAGCUGUUUGCAACUUGAAUAUCACUCUGCCAGCACACAAAAAGGAAACAGAGUCAGAUCAAGAUGAUGAGACGGAGAAGGCUGACCGGCGCCAGAACUUCGUCUCCCUUGCUUUACGUAAGCGCUACAGCUAUCUGACUGAGCCUGGAAUGAAAACAGUUGAACGGAGUGCAGGAGCAACAAGAUCCCUACCUGCUACUUACUCAUACAAGCCAUUCUUUUCAACACGGCCAUAUCAGUCAUGGACAACAGCUCCAAUUACAGUGCCUGGGCAAACCAAAUCAGGCUUCACUUCCUUAUCAAGCUCUUCCUCUAACACUCCUACAGCUUCCCCAUUAAAAUCAAUAUGGUCUGUUUCUUCUACUUCUCCAAUCAAAUCCACGUUAGGAGCUUCUACCACGUCUUCAGUUAAAUCUGUUAGUGAUGUAGCAUCUCCGAUUAGAUCGUUUCGGACAAUCUCUUCGCCAAUAAAAACUGUGGUCUCGCAGCCUCCCUACAACAUGCAGGUCACUUCAGGCUCUUUCAUCAGAGCUCCCGCAGUCACAGAAGCUGCCAGUCUCAAAGGGCUGGCCUCCACUACCACAUUCCCCUCUCGGACAUCUCCAGUGACUACAGCAGGAUCUCUCUUGGAGAGAUCAUCCAUAACCAUGACGCCUCCAGCAUCCCCCAAAUCCAACAUUAACAUGUACUCUUCGAGCUUGCCACUUAAAUCGGUCAUCACAUCAGCAUCCUCACUUUUAUCGUCCCCUCUAAAGUCAGUGGUGUCACCUGCUAAGUCAGCAGUUGAUGCUGUUUCAUCCACUAAAGUCAUGAUGGCCUCGUCUCUCUCGUCGCCAGCAAAACAUGUAGCUGGGCACACAGAUGUACCAUUGCUCAAUGGGUCUGUGUCACCUCUGAAAUACCCAUCCUCUGCCAACUUAAUAAACGGAUCCAAAGCUGCAGGUGUUUUUCAAGACAAGAUCUCUGCAGCUGCACAUUCUGCAACUUGUGCUGCUAACGCAGUUGCUGACACGGCUGAGAGAGUGUUUUCAACAGCUACAACAAUGUCAUUUUCUCCACUCAGGUCAUUUGUGUCUUCAGCACCAUCAGCUUUCCAGUCAAUGAGAACUCCUCCUGCAGGUGCUUUGUACACAGCCCUUGGGUCAAUAUCUGCAACUACCUCAUCAGUAACUUCAUCAACAAUAACAGUGCCGGUAUAUUCUGUAGUCAAUGUUUUGUCUGAACCAGCAUUAAAGAAGCUCCCAGAGUCGUCUUCGCUUACAAAAUCAGCCGCUGCAUUACUGUCACCUAUUAAAACAUUGACUACAGAGGCGCGCACGCAGCCUACCUUUACUCGAACUUCAUCUCCAAUAAAAUCAUCCUUGUUUUUAGCACCCUCUGCUCUCAAACUGUCCACACCAUCUUCCUUAUCCUCCAGUCAGGAGAUACUGAAAGAUGUUGCUGAAAUGAAAGAGGAUCUGAUAAGAAUGACUGCGAUAUUGCAGACAGAUGUCGCAGAGGAGAAGCCGUUCCAACCUGACAUACCAAAAGAGGGUAGAAUUGAUGAUGAAGAGCCCUUUAAAAUUGUUGAGAAAGUAAAAGAGGACUUAGUAAAAGUUAGUGAGAUUCUGAAAAAGGAUGUGUGUUUAGAAAGUAAAGGGUCGGCUAAAGUACCCAAAAGUGAUCAAGGACACCUGUCCGAGGAUGACUGGGUAGAGUUCAGUACAGAGGAGAUUGAUGAAGCGAGACAGCAAGCUUUGACAAGCCCUCCUAUAUCUGUUCCAGAGAAGGUCCAAAUUAAAACUAAAACCAUGUCGGAAAAGGAUUAUAGCUUGUCAAAAGUUAUUGAUUACUUAGCGAAUGAUAUCGGUAGCAGUUCAUUAACAAACAUAAAGUACAAGUUUGAAGAGGGGAAAAAAGAAGGUGAAGAGAGACAAAAGCGCAUUUUAAAACCAGCCAUCGCUUUGCAGGAACAUAAACUUAAAAUGCCUCCAGCCUCCAUGAGGCCUUCAACAUCGGAAAAGGAGUUAUGUAAAAUUGCAGACUCCUUUUUUGGAACAGACACUAUUUUGGAGUCUCCAGAUGACUUUUCUCAACAUGAUCAAGAUAAAAGUCCCUUGUCUGACAGUGGCUUUGAAACGAGGAGCGAAAAGACACCUUCUGCCCCACAAAGUGCUGAAAGCACAGGGCCAAAACCACUUUUCCACGAUGUGCCCAUCCCUCCUGUCAUUACAGAAACAAGAACUGAAGUAGUUCACGUCAUCCGCAGCUACGAACCAUCUUCGGAAGAUAUUCCAGAGCAGAAGGCAGAGGAGCUACCAGCCUCAAAACCUUCCCCUACAUUUAUGGAGCUGGAGCAAAAACCUUCUGGGUCCAUUAAAGAGAAGGUUAAAGCUUUUCAAAUGAAAGCCAGUGGCAGUGAAGAGGACGACCAUAAGUGCGUCCUUGGUAAAGGUGUCCGAGUAAAAGAAGAAACUCAUAUCACUACAACAACUAGGAUGGUUUAUCAUAAACCUCCGUGCACAGAAAGCACCUCUGAAAGAAUUGAGGAAACAAUGUCUGUUCAUGACAUAAUGAAAGCCUUUCAGUCUGGACGUGACCCUUCCAAAGAACUGGCAGGUCUGUUUGAACAUAAAUCAUCAGUAACGUCCGAUGUUAGCAAGUCUGCUGAAACUUCACCACAACAUGCAGAGAAGGACAGCAAAAUGAAACCCAAACUGGAGCGAAUAAUAGAGGUCCAUAUUGAACAAGGUAAUCAGGCUGAACCUACUGAAGUCAUUAUUAGAGAAACAAAAAAGCAUCCAGAAAAAGAAAUGUAUGUAUAUCAGAAAGACUUACCUCGGGGAGAUAUUAACUUAAAAGAGUUGGAAAAACAUGAUGCUUUUCCUUGUUCAGACGAACAAGGUCAGCAAGAAGAAGAGGAGCUCACGGCCGAAGAGUCACUUCCUUCUUAUCUGGAAUCCUCUAGAGUUAACACUCCCGUGUCCCAGGAAGAAGACAGUCGCCCUAGUUCUGCUCAACUCAUGUCUGAUGACUCUUACAAAACACUGAAGCUUUUGAGUCAGCACUCAGUAGAAUACCAUGAUGAUGAGUUGUCAGAACUAAGAGGGGAGUCUUACAGGUUUGCUGAGAAAAUGCUUCUUUCAGAAAAGCUAGAUGUGUCUCAUUCUGAUACUGAGGAGUCAGUUACUGACCAUGCUCUACCCCUUAGUGUAGAGUUACAGGGGACUGAUAAACGAUGCAGAGAAAAAGUAGCUACUGCCCCCAAAAAAGAGAUUAUCUCCAAAAUCUAUAAAGAUGUAUCUGAAAAUGGUGUAGGUAAAAUGUCUAAGGAGGAUCAUUAUGAUAAAGUGACAGUGUUACACUACACUGGAGAUGUUAGUAGUCACAAACAUGCAAUGUGGAUGCGCUUUACUGAGGACAGAUUAGACAGAGGUAGAGAAAAGUUGAUAUAUGAAGACAGGGUGGACAGGACUGUUAAAGAGGCAGAAGAAAAACUGACUGAAGUAUCCCAGUUUUUUCGGGAUAAAACAGAGAAGUUGAAUGAUGAGCUACAGUCUCCAGAGAAAAAGCAGCAUAAAAAAAAUGGCAAGGAAAUACAUUCUAGCCAGAGCUCUGCCAGCAGCAGCCCCGAGAAGGUUCUGCUCUCUGAAUUGCCAUCAUCUGGGGAUGAUUGGAGUAAGGUGAAGCAGUAUGCACAUGAUGGGAAGUGCUUUCCCAAGGUGGAUGAAAGGAAAGCAUCCAGUUUGCCCAGCAGUCCUGAAAAAAGGAUAUAUGUGCAACCUGCAGAGGACUCUAAACGAACUAUGGAACACAAAGGAAGCGCUCAGCAGACUGGAGUGCCUGAGACUGGAUUUCAGCUGAAGCAGUCAAAGCUCAGUUCCAUUAGGCUUAAAUUUGAGCAAGGUAUAAGUCCCAGAAGUAAGGACGUAACUCAAGAAGAAAAAAAGCUGGAUGGUCAGUCCAAAAUUCCAGUAAAAAAAUUGCAAGAAAGUAAGUUACCAGUGUAUCAGUCCUAUUCAAGAGAGAAACACGCAAAGCAAAUAGAGGUCAUUGAUGGGAGCACAGCUUUACAGAAAGAGGUGAAAAUACAGGAAGACCUUGUUCCAGGUAAAGGGAAAGCUGUGGAAGACUCUCGUGCUUCAGACACACAAAGAACUGAGAUGAGGAAAGGCGUGGCAGAAUGCAUUUCAGAACCACGGGCAAAAGACCUGGCGUAUGGCUCAGACUCAACAGCGAAGGGACACUGGGACAAAAAAAUCUAUAGGACGUGGGAAAGUCCUGGAACUUCUAACCAUAAAACACAGAAGGAAAAGCUUUCACAUGUGCUGGUUCCAGAUACAGUAAAAGAAAACCAUGUUGAUCAUGCUGAAUCUAAAACUGACCAAAAAAGUGAAUUUAUCACUGUGACAGAGCACAAAGUGGCCUCAAAUGGAAUCCAUUCGGAAGAAGUGAAGGAACUGACUGUAAAAUCCCCCUCAAAAAGGGUUUUAUACAGAGAAUUUGUUGUCAGGGAGGGGGAGCGUAAUGGUGAAGUGGCUGAUAAAGUAUCCAAAAGGAAAGAAGAAAUUGCUGUGUCCCAUAUCCCAGUCAGAAUUGUUGAGGAGAAGAGAGCCAUGCUUGAUGGUGUCUAUGAACUUUCAGCUAAAGUAUCCCAAUCAGCUGUGAUUCAGGAGAAAGUUGAAAGGCAGAUUGAUUAUGUGGAAGAUGAAAAAAUAAAGCAUUCAGAAAUCAGAAAGGUUACCAAGCAGCAGAGCUCAAUAGGUUUAAGUCCUCCUGCUGAGGAAACAGAGCUAUCCCCUAGCAAAUCACCAGAUUCUUUAGAAUGUAGCCCAGGAAAGGAAUUUCCUUCAAGUGACAUAGCUGACCCCAGUGCCAGUGAUUACUUGAAUAAAGUUGCACCGCUAGUGAGCACUGAGGGAGUAAAAGAAAUUAAGACCUUACCUGUUUAUGUCAGUUUUGUUCAAGUAGGAAAGCAAUAUGAGAAAGAGGUGCAACAAGGUAGUAUAAAAAAAAUUGUCAGUCAGGAAAGUAAGACGGUACAAGAGACGAGGGGGACAUUUUACACAGCUAGGCAGCAGAAACAGCCUCCUUCUCCACAAGGUAGUCCAGAGGAUGACACGCUAGAACAAGUGUCCUUUAUAGACAGCUCUGGUAAAAGCCCUUUAACACCAGAAACACCGAGUUCAGAGGAAGUGAGUUACGAGUUUACAUCUAAAACACCUGACUCACUAAUAGCUUAUAUCCCAGGCAAGCCCAGCCCUAUACCUGAGGUGUCUGAGGAGUCAGAGGAGGAAGCAGAGGCUAAGACAACAUCUGUGAAACAGGCAGAGGUUGAGGAACCACAGAUUGACAAAACAUUACCUAAUCUUAUAAACAAGGACUCUAACAAAAGACCCAAAGGUAACAGAGUUGCCUAUAUUGAAUUCCCUCCUCCUCCACCACUGGAUGCAGAUCAAGGUGAAUCAGAAAAGAAGCCUCAUUAUUCCACUGAGAGUGAGAUGGAGAUGACUGAAGUGAACUUGCAAGAUGAACACGACAAGUGCCAGCUGGCUGAACCUGUCAUCAGAGUGCAGCCACCUUCUCCUGUGCCACCGGGAGCAGAUGUCAGUGACUCCAGUGAUGAUGAAUCCCUCUAUCAGCCCGUUCCGCUUAAAAAGUAUACGUUCAAACUGAAAGAGCUGGAAGAUGACCACAAAGAGACCUCAAAACCCAAAGCCCCUGAAAAGAUUGAGAAACAGAAAGAGUUAGGACAUCCCACUUCUGGGAAACCCAAUGAGUUUGACAAUGGGGUUGAGUCACCCCAGAAUGAUGUAGUGCAAAAUGGGAGUAACAAUGACCAGUCUGUCACAGAGUGUUCCAUAGCAACCACUGCAGAAUUCUCCCAUGAUACCGAUGCGACAGAGAUUGACUCUCUGGACGGUUAUGAUUUGCAAGAUGAAGAUGAUGGUUUAACUGAGAGUGAUUCUAAACUUGCAGGUCCGGCAGUUGAAACCAAAAAGGACGUAUGGACUACAGAAGGCAUUCUAAAGCAGACUGAUCGCUGCUUUAGCCAGAGUAAGCUUGAAGUCAUUGAGGAGGAAGGCAAGGUAGGCCCUGAAGAAGACAAGACACCUUCCAAAGGUCCAUCUUCUGACAAAGCUGGAGAUAAGAGCGAUAAGAAGUCAGGGGCACAGUUUUUCUCUUUGGAAGGCAGACACCCUGACAGGACUGUAUUUCCCGACUCGUAUUUCAGUUACAAAGUAGACGAAGAAUUCGCAACACCUUUCAAAACUGUGGCCACCAAGAGUCUAGAUUUUGACCCGUGGUCGAAUAACCGAGGUGACGAUGAAGUGUUUGAGACUAAAUCGAGGGAGGAUGAGGCUAAGCCAUUUGGUCUGGCGGUGGAAGACAGAUCUCAAGCAACAACACCUGACACAACACCAGCCAGAACUCCAACAGAUGAGAGUACGCCAACUAGCGAGCCCAACCCCUUCCCAUUUCAUGAGGGGAAGAUGUUUGAGAUGACUCGCAGUGGUGCAAUUGACAUGAGCAAGAGGGAUUUUGUUGAAGAAAGACUCCAAUUUUUUCAGAUUGGUGAGCAUACUUCUGAAGGGAAGUCAGGGGACAAGGGGGAAGGGGAUAAAAGUACAGUCACUGCCAUCACACAGCCACAGGCAGGGGACAGCACUGUAGAAACAACCCUAGAGAGACCAGUAGAAACAACAGCAGUUGAAAAUAUGCCCGGCAUCCAGGCCAGUGGAGAUUGCAUGGAACAAACACUUGGUAGUAACUCCCCGGAGAAAUCAUCGGCAGCAGUAAACGCUUCCAAAGUUGAUCCCAAAUUGCGCACACCAAUUAAAAUGGGAAUUUCUGCUUCCACCAUGACUCUGAAGAAAGAUGGCCCUGGAGAAGUGACAGAUAAGAUAGAAGCUGUGAUGCCAAGUGGUGAGGGAUUAGAAAAUGAAACUGUAGAAGUGAUUGCGAGUUCAGCUUCUAGCCAGACGAGCUGUAGGCAAACAGAAAACACUGAUUUUCCAAAAGAUAAUUUUAAUAACAACAACAAUUUGGAUUCAUCUGCUGUCCCUACAGAUGAUAUUACCUGUAAUGUAGUGCUAAAAGAACAUUUGGAACCGAAAUGUUCCCUCCAGAAAGCUAAUCAAGCGAAAAGCACUUCAGGAAAAGGUACAGGGACAACACAAGGACACAGAGUAAGAGAUAAGCAAAAGCCACACGGAGAGCAGCAAAAGUCAACAGAGUUGGUAGGAGCUAGAGGAAAAUCAAAGCUUCCUGUAAAGGCCAGCUCAGUAAAACAAGUCUUUUCCCAAAAUAAUCUCCAAAGCAAUACAGGGAGUAAAGCGAAAGAGGCUAGUAAGCCUGACAAAGCAAAGCAAAAUAAUUCUUCUCCCUGUCUAGAAGCAAGGUCUAGGAUUCCUGUAAAAAACACACAUAGGAGUAAUCUAGCUAGAAGAACUCCAGCCCUGCCAAAACAAGAGCAGGUAGAGAAAGAAAAACCAAAACAACUUCCUUCUAAAUUACCAGUAAAGGUAAGAUCUACCUCCGUCACCAUGACAACAGUUAAAGUAAAGAAAAAUCAGCUUAGGGAGGUAUGUAAACAUUCUAUUGAAUAUUUUAAGGGAAUUAGUGGUGAGACAUUAAAGCUUGUGGAUCGUCUUUCUGAUGAAGAGAAAAAGAUGCAGUCAGAGGUCUCUGAUGAUGAAGAAGACAGUACAUCAAGGAACACAUCCUUAUCAGAAGCUACUCAAGUUUACCUGCCUUCCAUUACACCGAAGUCUGCUAGAGACAUGAGAACAGAGGCAGCAUCUAUAAAAUCAAAGAGUGAAAAGGCCGACAGUGAGAGGAGGAGGAGUAAGAGGACUGGUCCACAGAGUCCAUGUGAACGGACAGAUAUAAGGAUGGCAAUUGUAGCUGAUCACCUAGGACUUAGCUGGACAGAACUGGCAAGAGAACUGAAUUUUUCUGUGGAUGAAAUAAAUCAAAUCCGAGUAGAAAACCCGAAUUCUCUUAUUGCUCAAAGCUUCAUGUUAUUAAAAAAAUGGGUUACCAGAGAUGGGAAAAAUGCUACAACUGAUGCCUUAACUUCUGUAUUGACAAAAAUUAAUCGAAUAGAUAUCGUGACCCUGUUGGAAGGACCAAUAUUUGAUUAUGGGAAUAUUUCAGGCACCAGAAGUUUUGCAGAUGAAAAUAACGUAUUUCAUGAUCCCAUUGAUGGUUGGCAGCCCGACUCCUCCAGCGUCUCCGAGGCGCCGACGUCGGGGCGCAGGAUAGGCGGCAGCCUGCUGGAUCGCCUGGACGAGAGUUCGGACCAAUGUCGGGAUUCUGUUACCUCAUACGUCAAAGGAGAAGCAGGGAAGCCAGAAACAAAUGGAAGCCUAUCCGAGUCCACAUCAGAGGCAAAAACUAAAUCCUACAUCCAGGAAGCUUUAAAUGAUGUGGGAAAACACGGUGACAAAGAAACCCUGAAAACAAAGUCCCAGAUCUCAACUGGUACUGAUGAGCAGACAUUAUCAUCAGCAGCAUAUCAGAAAUCUUUGGAAGAGACCAGCAAGCCAGCAACAGAAGGCAGCAAAACAUCUGUGCCUGUCAGUGUGAAGAAGAUGGGCUGGAGUACUUCUGAGGAUGGCAAGCCAAGAACAAGCAUCCAAGAGGAGGAGGGAGCAGUAAUGUCUGAACAGAAGCAGGGAGAAGCUUAUAAGGUUAAGACAAAGAAAGAAGUCAGACACGUGGAGAAGAAGAGUUACUCAUGAAAGCUGAAAGCCAACCACUGAACGUGUGCUUUUACUGCCAGUAUUCUAGAGGGACACUCACGGAAGAAAAAUCAACAGGAAUUAAAACAUUCACCUAUAAAAGUGUGCGUGUGUUUGCUGCUUCCCCACAUUAACCGCAUGGUUUUUAUGCAAAAAGAAAAAAAAAACAUACAAAAAAAAUCCCAAACAAAAAAAUUAAUUUAGCAUGAGCCAAUUUACAGAGCAUGGAAAUUCACGUUCAUUCACAAGAUUGGAGGGUGCUCAGUUACCAAUGCAGUGUAUAUACAAGAUGCCAUGCUGUUAACAGCUUCUCUCAAGCAGUUUGAUGUCAUCUCAAAAGAAAUAAAUUCCUGUGGCCAGAGAGGAUGUGCGAAGACGAAAUGGUUAAACCAUGGAAAGACACUAAAAAUACUAAAAUCCACAACAGCUCGCCUUAUUUUUCUUGGACCCAAACUGUCAGGGUAUAAAACACUAUUUGUUUCUUUUUUAAACAUCAAUAGUUUUGCUGUAAAUAAAUAACACUGUAUAAAUUCUAACAAAAUAGAAUAAGUGUUGAUAAGGCACUGCCUUUUCGAUCACAAACAGAAUAUUGCAAAUGCAUUGAGCAGGCUAGGUGUCUCAAAUGGCUGCACCUACAGGGAUAUUCUGGGUGUAUCUUCACAGAUUCUUGUAUAUUAGCAAUUAUAAUGUUUGUAUAUGCAAAAUCGCUAGCUUGAUUUUAAAAAAAUCUUUAAAAUCUGCUGCAAAUUUAAAUGAUUCCCAAAAUGAGGAAUUCUGUAGUUCUGUGAAAAUUUUUCUUCAGAGUACUAAUAUUUUGAUGCAUGUGUUUCACCUUAUUUUGAUUAAAUCUUUUCCAGUUUUGCAAACACUAUUCCGCAACAUGAAAAAUAAGAUUUUAUCUGUAAACACAAAGCCCUUCAUCUAAUAUUUGUUGCUGUUGCCAAUUUUUCAAUGAAAUUACCUAAGACCCAUAACAUAUACAGUAGUUGCAUUAUGGGGAGGGGGGUGCUAUCUGUUCUUGCUUUAUAAUGGGGGUAAUGCUUGCAGCUUUAGAAGUGGGUUGGUGCUCUAAGGAGCACAAGUUUGGGAUAUUUUUAAAUGAACUGAAGAGAAAUUAUUAGCUAAUAGACUGGCAGCACGCUGUAAAAUUAUUACUGUAUUGUGUACUGGCUAUAAGAUGUAGAAUCUUUCAGUAAGCCAAUCAUCUGUAAUCAUCCUAGCAGUGUAAUAUUAGGUUGUUAAGGCUGCUGUGUUUUAAAGGGCAUUUUUAUUUGGUUUUUGGUGAAAUACUUUAAUUUGUUGAUUAUAUUCAUAUGGAAACAGCAUUCAUUGAUAAUAGCUCUAAUUACAUAUGUAUGAAAACAACAAACACUGGAUGAUCUAGUUGAUUAUUUAAGCAUAAAAUAAAUUGUGUUAAAACUCUU